AACUGACAUGAUGCGGCUUAUUGUAAAUUAACCGUCUUCCUUGAAAAUCGCGUUAAAAUGGGCAUUCAAUGCGAUCACACACGUUUGGAUUCUAGUGAUACCUGUGAUUUUCAACAGUCUAUUUCAGUUUGCCGUAUGAUCUGAAACAUGGCAUUUGCUUCGUCACGAUUGCCGUUGGUUUUUCUGUCAAAGAAGAGUUUGAAUGUAUCUCGAUUUACUACGAUUGUGCUCGCUGAACGAUAUGCGAAAGUUCGAGCAUUUCACUCGCAAAGGCAGGCACGAAGGGUGCACAGUAUCAAUGGAAAAGGAUUUCUAACCUGUACUGCUCUCAUCGCUGGAGUGGGUUUCGGUUACCUUUUGUAUAACCGGAGAGAUGACAUACGGCAGAGAAUCGGAAAUCUUGGCGUCCCUAAUCUUCCUGUGGUUCAUACUAUUUCAUUGUCUUCGUCUGAUGAGAAUAGGAAUAAAUUUAACUUUAUAGCAGAUGUGGUGGAAGUAUGUGCACCAAGUGUAGUAUACAUUGAGAUCAAGGACAAUAGGAUAGAUCCUUUCACAGGGAAAUUAGGUACUAAAAGUAAUGGAUCAGGAUUUAUUGUUAGUCAAGAUGGAUUAAUACUGACAAAUGCUCAUGUUGUAAUAAAUAGGCCUAAUGCUACAGUUAAGGUGCAGCUUUAUGAUGGCAGUACAUAUGAAGGAGUAAUAGAAGAUGUUGAUUUGCAAAGUGAUCUUGCUACAAUAAGAAUAAAUAAGACUAAUCUGCCUGUGAUGAAGCUAGGCACCUCGUCCAAUAUCAGACCAGGAGAGUUUGUAGUAGCUAUUGGUUCCCCGCUGGCUCUUAACAACACUAUUACAAGUGGAGUUAUAAGCAGUGUAAAUAGGUCGAGUGAAAAACUUGGUCUUCGAUCGCAAAUAGGGUACAUUCAAACGGAUGCAGCAAUUACCUAUGGAAAUUCAGGUGGACCCCUGGUGAAUCUGAAUGGGGAAACGAUAGGUAUAAAUGCAAUAAAAAUGGCUUCCGGUAUUUCAUUUGCUGUUCCUAUAGACUACGCAAAGGAAUUCUUGAAAAAAAUCGAAUCACAUAAGAAGGGAAAAACUUCCACAUAUCCUCAGGACAUACCCAAGAAAAAGUACAUAGGCGUUACGAUGCAAAGCCUGUUGCCAGAUAUUUUGCUUGAUAUGCAACAAUAUAAUGAAUACAGGCAAGUGAAGCACGGAGUUGCUAUUUGGAAAGUGCUGCUUGGGUCUCCAGCUUAUAAUGCCGGAUUGCAACCUGGAGACGUAAUAACACACGCCAAUGGCAAGCCGAUGCAGAGUACGAGUGAUAUUUAUAAAAUUAUAGAAGAAUCAGGAAAUAAUUCAAGAAAUAUAAAUUUCCUAGUUGUAAGAAAAGGACGAGUUUUAUCUAUACAAAUCGAGCCUGAGGAUAUAUAACUGAAAUUAUUAUCGAGGUAUUUUUACUUAAAUAGAAAUUUUUGAAGUAAAAAGUAAGCAGGCAUGAUGGAUUUCUAAUAUUGAUACAUAGUGAUUAUAAAUUCUUGUAAUAUACAUCUUAUUAUAUACAUAUUAGCGUAUAUUUAUAAAUUUCUAAAAUUUGUAUCAUGUCUCUUUGCUUUGAGAGUGUACAGCAUUUGUGCCUUCAAUGUAUGUAGCGAUUGUUAUUUAUUUAUAAGAAAUUGCACACUUUACAAUUGAUUAGCCAGUUCAUCAGUCACAUUAUCAGCCUCCAAUAUACACGCCCUUUGGCUGUACACUCGUUUUAAUUUAAAUCUACACGAUGAAAGUCCACUUAGCGACUUACGCGAUUUAUCAAGCGAGGAAGCAUCAUGCGUUCAUUUAUCGCUUAUCCAGCUUUUUUCUGCCGCCGCUAAGAGUGAUGUCACGUGCGGACAGUCGUGCCGAGUCCUUGCCGUGAUAUGCAAAUGUAUAGAAGUAUAAAUCGUACACGUAUCGCUGUGUGUAAGUGCACGUGUGUGAAUGCAUAUGUACGCCGGGUGUGGUCCAUCGUCUUGACUGCAUUAUGUUUAUGUUGUUUACGACGCGAAGCGACCUCCGCAAAUAUGUGACCGGAUCUAACUGCGAGGGAUACGAUGCGGCGAGGGUGUGGUCUUUAGUGCACGAGGCUUCUACCGGCGGCGAUUUUUUCGCGGGCAAGAUUUUACUGUUUGCGGACGCGUGCAUCUUGUUGGAAUUCUAAGUGAUCGUUCCGUCCAGUCCCGUGGCGACACGCGUAGGAUUCGCGAAAGAGCGAAGCGGCGGUGACAGCUUGACGAUUAACUUGAGGAAUAUCGCAAUUUAAAUUUCAAAGAUAGAGAUAGAUCAUAAAACUUUCGCGCAAAUGAAAGAAAUUUGAAUUUUAUAUUUUAUUAUGAAGAGGUGCUUUAUACAGCACAUAUAGUUUGUAAAAAAAAGUGAAAUUAAAGAAGAUGAAGAAGAUAA